AUGUCGGGGGCCAAGCGGCGGGAGGGGGUCAUUGCGAAGUGGCACGCGGACGCCCCACCCUUAGUCAAGAAGCUGCACCAGUGCCCGACCUAUAAGACAGCGAGCACAGAGGUGCUCCUGUCGCGGGUCGCGUGGAUCGUCCCCACCUUGCGACGGGCCCUGGCCUGGCACAUGCACGAGAAGCCGUUUCGAAGGGUGCGCCACCGGGCCUACGUCAGCAGGGAGCGGGCCAUCACCCAGCUGGCGGAGCAGUUACGCGCCCCCCGGGGCAUGACCACGGUCGUGGGCGUGGGCAACUGGUCGGCCCAGGACCGGGGGGGCAUCAUGCGGGGGACUCCGCCUGGGCCCUGGAUACGCUUCUUGCGGCGCCUGCGGCGGGUGUGCAGGGUGGUGGUGGUGGACGAACACAGGUCAUCAAAGCUGUGUUGCGCCUGUCAUGCCACCCUGCAUGCCCACCAGUACGUGCGGGUGCGCAACGACGAGGAGAAGCUGGUGGACGUGUGGGACACCAAGCGGUGCCCGACCUAUAAGACAGCGAGCACAGAGGUGCUCCUGUCGCGGGUCGCGAAGAUCGUCCCAGACCUGCGAGAGGGCCUGGCCUGGCACCGGGACAAGAAGCCAUUCCGGAAGCUCCGGCACCAGGCCUACGUCGGCAGGGAGCGGGCCAUCAACCGGCUGGCAGAGCAGUUACGCGCCCCCCGGGGCAUGACCACGGUCGUGGGCGUGGGCAACUGGUCGGCCCAGGACCGGGGGGGCAUCAUGCGGGGGACUCCGCCUGGGCCCUGGAUACGCUUCUUGCGGCGCCUGCGGCGGGUGUGCAGGGUGGUGGUGGUGGACGAACACAGGUCAUCAAAGCUGUGUUGCGCCUGUCAUGCCACCCUGCAUGCCCACCAGUACGUGCGGGUGCGCAACGACGAGGAGAAGCUGGUGGACGUGUGGGACACCAAGCGGUGCACGGAACAGAGGCUGCAGAGUCAACGUCAGGACAAGUCCAUCGUAUACAGGCUCUUCACUGCCCCUUCCUGCGCCAUCGAUUCCACUUGCGCACCAGAAUUUGACUUCCUGCAGCAUGCUGUGGUGCAGAUCACCAAUCCCAUGACAUCCAAUUUCUGCACUGGAACUCUGCUCAAGGGCCCGGGAGACAAGAUCUACGUCCUGUCUGCCUACCACUGUCUGGCAUUCAUGGGGAAGAGGUUCAUGUAUCCAUGGAGCACAUUCUCGAUCAUCUUCGACUACAAACUCCCCUGCAAUGCUUCAUAUGUGGAGGACGUGCCCAGGACCUUUGAUCGCUAUUUGACGGGUUUGGCAGUUGUUUUCCAAGAUGUGUACUCCGAUGUGGGUGUCUUUGAGCUUCUCCAGGACAUUCCCCCCGAGUGGGGCGUCGUCCUUGCUGGCUGGGAGGCUGCCAAUCUGGGCAGCAACUUCACCUAUACCUGCAUCUCUCAGCCGGCGGGCGAUGUCCAGAAGAUCGCCUAUGGAAAGGUGUAUAACCAAAUCCCCAGCGUCAUCCUGGAUGCCGUCAAUGAGGAGGUUGAUGUGUACAACGUGAGUUGCUCGACCCAUGCCUGCAAUUUCUAUGCCACCCACGUCCAACACGGCAGCAUGACCCACGGCAGCAGCGGGGCCGGCAUGUUUGCCGACGAGCUGGGCAAGAUCAUGGGGGUCCUGUCCACCGGGCGCGGCAGCGUCUGCCCCGGCACGGUGAACAAGGAUGACCCGCGCCCAUCCAGGGUCGUCUUUGGGAGUCUCGGAGGGGCCUGGGAGCAUGGGCUCCACCGCAUCUUCAAUCGCUCCGUCGAGGACGAGGGCGGGGCUGAGUUUGAGGAGUACACCCGGGCCCUGCCCACCAUCACUGUGGGCAACAUCGUGCCCGAAGUAAACCCCCGCAAAGGCUCCACAUCCUUCUCCAUUGCGCUGCAGCAGGAGCCAGACAAGGACACCACCAUCAGCCUCACCCCCACCCAGACUGACCUGGUGAGCGUCACGCCGCAGACGCUCACCUUCACGCGCAGCAACUGGCGCACGCCGCAGUUCGUCAGCGUCACCGCAGGCAGGGCCCACCCCGAGGCCACCCUCCAGUUUGAUGUUGCGCUGACCUGGCCCGUCGUGAGCGAGGCCGGUGGGUGGAGUUCGCGCACCAAGACCAUCUCGGGCGUGGUGUGGGCUGAACGCAAGGGCAACAGCUUCUUCAACCCGCAGGAGGUCCGCGUCCCCUUCCGCCACGUCAUGGACCUGGAGAGGUAUAACCCCCAGAUCCCGCUGAUCACGGAACAUAAUGGGCCCUUCAUACCCGCCAAGUACUUUGUCUACACUGCACAGAAGACAGAGGUGACCAGGAAGGGGUGGGCUUACUACUUUGUGGCCCACCCCCGGACCCAAGUCACCAUCCCCGGCCAGUCCAAGUCCCUGAAUGGGAAAGCAUCCAUGACCAUCGCCAGCAUGCCCCUCGCCGAGGCCGUCACUGAGAGUCUGAAUCCCACCAGGCUCAGGAUCCCAGCUGUGCCCUCGCACGCCGUCCUCCCGAUAACCAUCGCCCCCGUUCUUGCCUGGCUGGAUUUGGAGGAGGACCACACCUUGAACAUCACCACCUGCUCCAACAAGACCGACGUGGGCGCGGAGAUCACUGUCAUGGACGACCAGCUGGAGGUCAUCAGGACCACUGGGCUUGCCAGGGACAACGCCUGUGUCAGCAUCCCAAGUGUCGUGGUGGAAGGGGGGCGCCGCUACUUCAUCUCGAUAACCCCUGUACAGUACCAGUUUUCCCUGGGCAAGAAGACCCACCAGGUGGACAUUCACAUCCUUGACGCAUAA